UUUGGCCCCCCUCGUAUAAGCUUAAUGAGACAUCUUUCUUUGUCACUUCUCUAGGUCCUCUCAGAGCCUGACAAUGGAUGCUAUUCACAUCGGCAUGUCCAGUGUCCCCCUGGUGAAGCAUACUUCUGGGACUGGGCUCAUGGCCAACAGACCUCGAGUCAUGUCCAAGAGUGGGCACAGCAACGUAAGAAUUGACAAAGUUGAUGGCAUCUACUUACUCUACCUGCAAGACUUGUGGACAACAGUUAUCGACAUGAAGUGGAGAUACAAACUCACCCUGUUUGCUGCCACUUUCGUGAUGACCUGGUUCCUUUUUGGAGUCAUCUACUAUGCCAUUGCAUUUAUUCAUGGGGACUUAGAACCCAGUGAGCCAAUUUCAAAUCACACCCCCUGCAUCAUGAAAGUGGACUCUCUCACAGGAGCCUUUCUCUUUUCCCUGGAAUCCCAGACAACCAUUGGCUAUGGUGUCCGUUCCAUCACGGAAGAAUGCCCUCAUGCCAUCUUCCUGUUGGUUGCUCAGCUGGUCAUCACAACAUUGAUUGAAAUCUUCAUCACUGGUACCUUCUUGGCCAAAAUUGCAAGACCCAAAAAGCGGGCUGAGACCAUCAAGUUCAGUCACUGUGCAGUCAUUACCAAGCAUGGGAAGCUGUGCUUGGUGAUUCAG